AGUGUAAGUAAUAUGAGCAGUGUUAGUUGUCCUCUCUCUAUAUAUUUAUUGGUAUUUCCGUUAACAUGACUCUUCCCUCCAACCCAAACCUAUUCCCUGCUUGCUUCCGCGUGUAAAGUUCCCAAUUCUUCCUUUUCACUUUCAUUUUCAAAACACUCUCUGAACCUUCAUACCUAUUUCUUAAUUAAGCUCCAAUUUCCUCUUCUUUGUACAUAGAACUCUGGUUUUACGGGGAAAAAAACUUGAAAAGAGAGAGAGAGAGAUGGGUUUUUCGAAGGAAGAGAAAUCAAGAAGAAUUCUAAGAGGUUUCAAAACAGUGUUCUUCUUGGUAACAAUGGUGAUUUCAUUUCUUGUAUUUUCUGCACCUGUUUUUCUUGUUAUUGCUGAUACAAUUUUGCCUUCUGCUUUGCUUUCUGCUUCCCUGUCUCCUCCUUCACUCCAAGCCCUAUAUUCCCAUUUCACUAACUAUGAUUUCAGAAAUUCUCUCAUAGAUAUCCCUUUCAUCUCCAUCAUCAGAUCAGCUAUUAUAAUCUGUGUUUAUAGUUUUUGUGAUGGGCCUAAACUUUCCAGAGGACCAUACCUUGGAACCACAAUGAUAUGUUGUGUUUCAUCUUUGGUGUUUGUUUCGGUAAAAGCUUCAUAUGCGUUGGGUUGGAGUAGUGGUAGAGAAGGGUCAGCCAUGGAAACUGCUCUUUUCAUUUGUUCACUGGCUCUGGCAAUUGCGCAUAUAAUUGUGGCUUAUAGAACAAGUUGCAGAGAAAGAAGAAAACUCCUUGUCUACAAAAUUGACAUUGAAGCAAUUUCAGCUUGCAAGAAUGGGUUUCCAAGGUAUCCAAAGAUCGUGAAGUAAAUAAUAGAAAAGUGGUGACAAAUCUCCCCCCUCUUUUGCCUCUCCCUUGUUAGGUUUCAGAUUCCUGUAAACAAGUUGGUUGUAUAGAAAUAGGUGAUGAUGAUUGUGCAAAUGGAAGACUAUGAGUUUGAGGAUAAAUCAUAGCUCAUACAUCUAACAUUCUUUUUAUUCUUCAUUUUCACUGUACAGUUUAUAUAUAUAUAUAUAUAUGUAUAAUGUUUUAAAGAUAUCAAACAAAUCUAAUUCAGCUCGAUGAUUAUCGAGUUAAGCUCGAAAUUCAUUUAUUAAAUAAA